AUUCGCUGAUGAUCCCCUCUUCUUUUUUGUGACAGUACCGCUGGGUGGUGUUCUACAUAAUAAACAAUAUCAAGUAUUGUUUCCUGUGUUUUUAGCGUUAAUUGAAGUGAUGUGGUUAUUAACUGCAAGAGGACUGUGUUUGACCCGUUUCAGAUUCACCAAACCUUUACAAAAAUGACCUCAAACAUCGGCUUAGGCCUCGCAACGAUCUGCAUCCAAGCCGAUUGAUUUCAAAAUUUGUUAGAAUGGGUCAUGUUUUUGUUUAUAUACUCGUCGCUAUUUGCGGGGUCACAGCCCAAGAGACAACGAUAGAUGCUUACACCACCACGGAGCCGACAGAAUUUCAAAAUCCUACCACAAGUAUUGUCACACCUACUUAUGUUUUAGUCCCUGAGGAACCUACAAAUUUGACUGUGGUGGACUUCACAUCAACCAGCAUCUAUUUGCAAUGGCACAAUCCAGUUAGAAGAAAUGGAGUCAUUGAAGGGUACAGGGUAUACUUUACCAAAAAGAAUAUGACAGAUGUUGUACCUGAAAGUGUCCCAUUUGCGGAACCAGUUGUGAAAUACAACCUCACAAAGCUUGAGCCAAUGACUGAGUAUAAAAUAGCUGUGAAAGCGUUCACUCAUCGUCACGAAGGUCCUCUUUCACAGCCCAUCACUGCCUAUACAGACAAUCCAGGCCCUAGUGCACCAAAAAUAAUAGCUCUAGAAUGUCAAAUUAAUGACAGCAUGGUAAUACGUUGGCAGAGACCAGAAGUGUAUGUCUUCAACAUUGACUACUACUAUUUAUUUGUGAUCCUCGGAAACAAGCUUUAUGAUAAUAUCACCAUUUCAACAAGUCGGGAACAUAUACAAUUAACAUAUAAACUAAAAGAUUUAAAGGUAAAUACGGUCUAUAAAAUCCAAGUACAAGCAGCUUCCAGAAGUAAUCGAACUGGUAGGAUCAUAGGUGGAGCAGUAUCAACACCAAUGGAGAUAAUAUUGAGGAAAGAUUGUGAGGAACCUAUGGAUUAUUUCACAAGAGCCACAAGUGAACUUGGUGUAGGAAUAUUAGCAGGGAUGUUGUGUGCCUCUGUUGGCUUAUUUUUAACAGGACUAGGAUAUCUUAUAUAUAAAAGAUGUUUUCGUGCUCCCUAUUAUUAUUUAGACAGCCCCCAAUGUACCCCAGCACCCCUAGAUUGGAACGAACCCCCAACAGACCCUGAGGCCGAGGCCGAGUACACUGGACCAAUUGCCGUAAAAGACUUUCCACAACAUGUACAGCGACUCCACAGUGAUGGUGACAUAGGGUUUAGUAAACAAUAUGAGGCUAUUCAAAACGAUGCUGUGAAUGAUGCGAAUAGCUCGGAACAUUCACAACACCCUGAUAAUAAACCUAAGAAUAGAUACCUAAAUAUUAUAGCAUAUGAUCAUUCGAGAGUCCGAUUGCUCACUCUACCAGAACAGAAGGUGUCCACCUAUAUAAAUGCCAACUAUAUAGAUGGUUUUCAAGUAACUAGAGCUUAUAUAGGAACCCAAGGUCCUCUACCAUCUACAUUUGACUGUUUCUGGAGAAUGAUCUGGGAACAGAGGGUUACCAUUAUUGUGAUGAUUACGAAUUUGGUAGAAAGAGGACGACGAAAAUGUGAUAUGUAUUGGCCAAAGGAGGGGACAGAAACGUAUGGCCUUAUCGAAGUUAGAAUAAGCAAAGAGGAAGUAACGGCAACUUAUACUGUCAGGACUUUGGUGCUCACACAUCUUAGAGUACGUCUGAAAGGAAAUCAUGCCGAAAAGACGGUGUAUCAGUAUCAUUACACGAAUUGGCCGGAUCAUGGUACACCAGACCACCCCCUGCCUGUGAUACAUUUUAUAAAGAAAUCAUCUGCUGCCAACCCCCCAAAUGGUGGACCAAUCGUAGUUCAUUGUAGCGCCGGAGUUGGCAGAACCGGCACUUACAUAGUUUUGGACGCUAUGCUCAAACAGAUUCGCGCUAGAGGUGAGGUCAACAUUUUCGGUUUUCUCAAACAUAUCCGUGCCCAAAGGAACUUCCUAGUCCAAACUGAAGAACAGUACAUUUUCAUCCACGAUGCUCUAGUAGAAGCCAUUGAGUGCGGCGAAACAAACAUUCUUAGGGAAGAGUUUCCACGUUAUGUCUCGCAGUUACAGAAUCUCAACCAAGAAGAUAAGAACGAGUCAUGGAAACCGUUAGACGUUCAGUAUGCGCUUGUGACUCGUUUUGUCCCCCGGGACUACAACCUAGUAUCUGCCAACAAGAUCGUUAAUAAACCGAAGAAUCGCUCUACCCAAUUACUGCCAGUCGAGAGUGCUAGGGUUCAUCUAACUCCAAAACCUGGAGAAGAGGGCUCGGACUAUAUCAACGCUACUUGGCUCCAGGGCUUCCAUAGUCAAAGAGAAUUCAUCAUAACGCAACAUCCAUUUAAAACGACACGCGAAGACUUUUGGCAAAUGGUUUGGGACCACAGUGCCCAACUUAUCGUCAUGAUGAGCCAAAUGGAUGACGAGGAGUUUGGAGUUUUCUGGCCAGUAGGUAGUGAGAUCAUUGAGACUGAUACAUAUACUUGUAAACAAACCCAUGAGAAUCCUAAUGCUGUCUACCAUAUGAGAGAAUUUUUGCUACGAUCGGUGCAAGAUGACUAUGAAUUUCCUGUGAAAAUGCUGCACUGUCAUAACUGGCCACAUUGCUUGAAAGGAGGGCUGUAUGAAAUGUAUCAUCUGCCAAACUUUGUGCUCGAUUUGCAGAAAUUCCAGAAUGGACCUAUUGUCGUCGUUGACAAAAUCGGAGGAACCGAAGCCGCAACUUUCUGCGCUCUGACCACAUUGAAAAAACACCUGUUACACGACAACAAAGUUGACGUCUACAUGUACUCCAAGUUAUACCACAACAGGCGCCCUGGAAUCUGGAGGGUAGUCAAUGACUACCUCAACCUCCAUCUCUGCGUCCAGACUCUAUGUCUGCCCCCAGAACCUAAACUAGAAGUAGUUGUCACUCCGAGAGAAAUGUAUGCCAUUAACAAUGGCGGAAUGUCAACUGAUAGUGUGAGAGUACCCCCAGAAGAAAGGCCUCUAAUGGGACAAUUUUAAUUUUCGACUGUUUCAUCAGAGAAGGUGACAAAAGUACGUAGCACCCUGAUAAAUGUUGUUUAUUAAGUCCCUCUGCACAAUGACCCACACUAUACAUGUUAAAAAUAUGUUACUAAAAUAUGUGGAAUGUCCAAAUAGGAAUAAAUAUCUGUUCAUAUCAUAAAAAUGAGAAGUGCAUACAUCUUUGAUGUUCCUUAGCAUCAACGAUUUUAAAAUAACGUGAAAAAUAUAUUCAGGAGAAGCAAUGAAAUAUCUCCAGGGUUUUCCAAUGAAGACAUAUUGAUUUUGAAGUGUAACACAUCAAAGUUAUGUGUGAACUAUCACGGAAAUUCUGUUAUUAUUUGAAAUGCCGUUUUCAGUAACUGUCAUAUACGAGGGUUGUUUCAAAAAUAGGGUUCCCACAUUUGUUUAGCCACAAGGAAUUUUUUAUUUGAAAAAAGAAUUUACCAUUGGACGUUGAUCUCUACAAAGAAGCCAUUUUUUCUACGCAUUGUUUUAGACGUGGAAUCCGUACUGGGCGUUGCCAAUAGGCGCUUCUUGUUGGGAUCGGUGGUGGAGGAGCCGACAAACACGAUGGUGUUGUCAGAUUUCGCGUAGCAUCACGCGAGGCAAAGUUACAGCGUUGGGAACCUUAUUUUUGGAACGACCCUUGUACAUCCGGCUGAACUUGAAUGUUGAUCUGAGACUCUAAAAAUAUCUAAUGAGGUCAAAUUGUACUGUUUAGAUGGCCAAUUCACGUCACGUCUGAGGGAGAUAAUACACCGUCCUUUUGCAAUGUUAUUUUCGGAAAACCUAUGUGGCAGUUAUUGAAAAUUAGACCUCUAGGAUUUGUGCCAUUGGCCUUCCAAAUAAAAUGAAGAAAUUCUUCAUAGCUCACACACAGUUUUGUUGUUUCAAAAUUUACCUGUCUCUUAGAAAACCCUUAAAAAGCAAGAUUUUGAAAAAAUACCUUGACAUCACUCAAUGUUAUUGUACUAAAAUUUAUGAAUUUUUUGGAAAUCGUCUCGAUGUAUAUUCAAUGUUAGGCUAUUACCAGGCUUUUGGUCAUAUACACUAGCUUGCUUAGAAAAAGCCAAAGUGUCUUUUGUAAACAAGGAGCUCGAAAAAAGCAUGGGGCAUUUUGGUGCUUCUGUAACACCAUAUUGGUACAUUAGGGAAAUCGUUGAAUCAUGAUUAAAUCAUAUAAAAAAAUGAACCAAUUGCAUAUUGAAUGUUGAAUCUAAGUGUAAAUAUAGUGUUUAGGGUAAGAGUAUCAAAUACUCGCAUACAUGUAAAAAUGUGCUUCAAAACCCAUGCUGUAGAUAAAAAAAUGAAUUAUCGUUACUUGAAGGUUUUGGCUCGUAAUAUGUAGGAUUUUACCCUGUAAAAAGCGAUUUUGUAUGUAUAUUGUAAGGUUAUGUAUUAUAGGCCAGUUAUGUGCUGGAUAAAACGACUAGUAGAAGACUGAUUAUGUGAAGAUAGCAAAUCGGUUCAUCUGAACAUUUAUCUGAUUCCAAAAGGUGCAUUUAGGGUUACAUAAGAAAGUUAAAUCAUGAGGUUGGAUAAUCUAUGUUUGUUAAAUGAAGGAUGAUAUGAACGAUCUGUCUAGAUAUAGACUAUAUGUUGCACUGUGUGACAAUUUACUGUACGCAAGAUUAUUCUAUAAUUAUUUCACGAAAAAAAAUCUCACAUAUUGGUCAAAAAAAGAGGACAAGGCAUCGAGAUUUUUCGCCUGAGAAACAAACGUUUGCGUAAUCUGCAAUGGCCUGUGUAAAUCGCAACCACGAGAUUGAGCACUCUAGCCGAUGUUUGGAGCUGCCUACAGUCGUCUUUCCUCAACCAUAUUUUCGUCAAUUUUCAGAAUCAGUUCGGGGCCAUUGCAAGAGCCCUUUGCUCCCAGAUUUCUCUUUAAAAAAGACAAUUAGCAUCAAUUUUUCAAUAGAACGUUGAAAUUGAAUAGUCAAGAAGCUUUUUCGAUUGUGAUAAAUUUUGUGUGCAGUAGGUUGACACCAGUGUUAUUUCCAAGAAUUUUAGGGAACAAAAUUGCUAAAUUAGCACGCCCUUUCAUAUGUAUGACUGAAAUCUCUUGAAUGAUUGUGAUUUGGUAAUAAAUUCAUGACAGUGCCAAAACUCAAAGAAAUAUUACAUCGAAUUUGAUAUGAAUAUCGAAUAAGGAAGAUUUGUAUCCAUCUGUACAUUUUUAAGUGGAUGCAUGUGUUUCAAACAUUUUAUCUUCAAAUUUUGGCCUUGUUAUGAAAACAUUACUUCUCUAUAUUAUAUAUUUAUAUAUACAUAUUUGGUAAGAAGAUCUAAAACCAUUUUGUUAUAUUUUUUACGUCGACUUUUUAAACUCAAUAUGUUACGUAUAGGACUAAAUAUUCUGUGCCAUUUUAACUGAAGUUUUAGCUGUGUAAAAUUUUGGAUAUUCUUACCAGACGAAUUGCGCAAAAAAAUUACUAGUAUAUAAGAAAUCAUACAUAAAUGUUAUGUGUAAAAAAUACUGGAUAGAUAUCGUAUAAGCGUAUAUUAAAUAUGUGUAGUAAACGUAGUAUCUAUAUGUGAGUAUCAUAUUAAGUAUAAUAUGUUUUUUCUAUAUUUAUUUAAACCUUUAGGAAUAUUUUAAUAUUCUAUUGUAAUCUUUGACCAAUUUGUAAAAUUAUUGGGGUCUUUCAGAGCAAUCUCCAGGUUUUGAAUACAUGGUUCCAAAAGAACGUGAAGUUCCGUCCGCAAGGAAAGAAAGUAUUAUAGAAUAUUUGGGGAUGCAAUAUGCAAAUAGUAAGUGAGAAACCCUGUAAUGUCAGUACUAAAUUUAACAGAUCUCCUUAUUUGUGACAAAAGUGAUUUACUAUUAUUAAAUUCUACUCUCGUAUUUUAGGGUCAAAUGCAUAGUGGUUUCUUAAGGGCUCCUUAAUGUCAGGGCCUUUUCACUUGGGAGGUGCAAAUAAUUAUAUUUUUGGGGAUAUAAGUCCCCGAGAGAAGCAAAAAAUUUUGCUGGGUAAGCUUUUUAUUAAACUGAAACCCUCAAAUUGAGACCCAAUUUGCUGCAACGGCUAAUUUGUUAUUACAAAAAAAAAUCAACAAUGGUCGAUUUCUACCCAUGUUUUCUUACCGGAAAUUGCAUAAUGGAAAAAUUUUAUUCAGUUACGGCCUUGUUUGACGAGCUGUCCAGUGACUAAAUCAAUAAAAUGGCCUCGUAUUGUGCUCAUUCUCUUGGUAAAGACUGAAUUUAACAUCAAAAAGCUAAUAGAUUUUCUUAUAAUAACCAUUAAAAAUACGUCGCCAAAUGUAAAUCCAUUUAUGUCUUAUUAACAAUUAGAGUAAGUGCAUUGUAUUUUCAAAGCAAUUAGGAUGCGUGUCACAAAAAAGUUGAUGAAAAGUACACAUUUGAGGAAAUUUUUUUUUUACUUUUGAGGGCCGAAAAAAAGUAAUAGCUACAAGAUUCGAACGGUGGUUCGAACUCCUGUUGAUUGUUUAAUACCAACUACAGUGCUCCAUAACAAAAAUUAUUUCACGUUAUGCAAUUUUCCAUUAAAAAUAAACACCAACAGAUCAUAACUAUUUGAAUAUACGCCAAAAGUGGUUUUUACAACUUUGACGUUUAAUUAAAAAGUUGUCCAGCAGAAUGUUUUGCAUCUAUUGAUGGUGGACCUCGUUAUAUACCUUCAAGAAUAUAAUUCCGCCGUAAAACAGCAUGCCGCAUUGUUUCUGAAACGGCCGAUAUUUUUCUAGUUGGCUUGGUCUAUGUUGUCAGAUACCAAAUAAGGCUACGUUUUUCAAUUUGAGAUCACCUUUUCAAUUCUUGAUUUGUCGCUUCUUUACACAAGUAACACGUAAAUCGUGAUUGGGUUAGCCCUUUCCUUCCUUGAGCAACUUGGGCCCGUAUCGUCAGUCGUCCCUACAAUUGUAGGGCGCGUUUAUGGCCUCCUUGAUUGUCAUCCUCCUUUCUCUCCUUCAAAAAUUUCUAGAUUACACUUGUCCCGUGUCAGCGCUCUCCUAUUGUGAAGAUAUGUUUUCUUUUUAAAUUGUAGGAAAUUUCAGGGUGAUAAAACAUGAUAUAACUCAAAAGCAAGCACAAUUUGAUGCAAAUAGAUGUUUGUGACAUAACCUCAAAAUAGAGUUCUGACACGGAGAAGCAGAAAACAUGACAAUCAAGGAGGCCAUAAAGGCGCCCUACAAUUGUAGGGACGACUGACGAUACGGGCCUUAGUGACAUAGGGAAAAGGUACUACUUUAUUUCCCGAGAAAAAUAUUUGACAAUCCUAUCGCUCCCAAGCGACUGUCAAGGCAUAUAAGGCAUCAUCGCAGCAAGGUGAGCUCAAGUGAAGGAACGACUAUAUUCAGCACCUUUAGAGGUCCUGUAUCGUAAACCAAAAAAUUUCUUAUUUGUGAUUUGCUAAUUUUGGUUGCAAAAUGCAUCCAGUGAGUUAAGUCGUAUACGCUAUUAUUUAUUUAUUCUUUUUUCAGUAUCUGGACAGGUAGCUUUGAAUUAGUAUACCUAUAUACUCUUAAAUCAAUUUUUGUAAAUAUUAUUUGUACAUUUUUCGAUGUUAUUCCACUAAUAAUUUAUAUUUACAUUAUUUUUGGAUGCACCGCCAGUGACAUUUUUCAAGUUUUAAAUUAUUAAACUCUAAAGUUUUAAAAAUUAUUGUUUUUAAGAAAAUCAGUGAAAUAUAUUUUGGUUAAAACAUACUAAUAAAUGUAUAAAUGUACUAAAAUUUA